AUGGUGAGGACACGGCCUCGCAACAAAACAAAACGGAUCGCCGUCAUCGACUACGGCUCCGAUGGUGAGCCGCCCGAGGCCCACGACGACUCGGACGACGAAAAUUUCGAGGCGCCGCCGCCGGACCCGGAAGACGAUGAAGACGACCCCAUGGACGUCGAUGGCGGCGACGACGACUUCGAGGCCGAGGACCCUUCCCAGCUCGUCAUUGACGUCAACGGCAAUAACGAUGACGAAGACGAGCGGCCCGCCUACACGAGCUCUGCCGGCCUGAGGAAAAGGCCGACGGAUAUGGCCGCCCUGGGCACUUAUCACGCUGAUGGGCGGCCCACGAGGCACUACACCGGUGCUCUGAAGCGGGGCCAGCGCAUCCAGGUCCUCGACUUCUUCUACGGGCCCCAGGAGGAGGCUGUCGGCGUUGCGAGCUGGUUGCUGAACCGGUGGGCAGGGUACCCAGUCCUGCCGAGCAAGUUGCCCGACGGGCCCGCGCCUCCGGUGCCAAGCCCGUGGCUGGAACCCGGGUUCGUCGAGGACCAAGACCGCGCCGCGAAAUCAUGGUUUGCGAGGUUAGGGGACGGCGAGGGAGCGAGCCGUGGGGAGAGGGAGAUGAGCACGGAGGAGGCCGCGCAGUACCGGCUGGAUCCCGGCGGCCACUUGGUUUCCGUGAUCGGGCCGUACCCGGAUCAGCAAGAGGUCGACAUCGCACCGUACGGCGGUGUUGCGCUCACCAUGUCAGGACUACCCUUGACGGGCGAAAAGGCCGAGGAGGAGAAGUCGGCGGGGUGGAUGUUUGACGUGGGCGGCAUCGUCAUCGGCAUGGACUGGGCCAGGAGGACGGGGCAGGAGGCGCAGGUUCUCGCGCUCGCUGUCAUCCCGCACACGGACCAGCAGCUGGAUUUCGAAGAUGCGUACGACGAGAAGAAGGGCAUCGUUCAGCUAUGGGAGCUCUGCGGCCAGAAGGGCGACGACGGCAUCACGAGACCCCUCGGUCGGCCGGCACGCCUUGCUAGAACUGUCUGCUUCGACUGGGGUAGAGUCCUAAGGCUCAAGUGGUGUCCGACCCCUUACCGAGAGAACGGCGCCAUGGGCCUUCUUGCAGUUCUUUGUGGCGAUGGUCAGGUUUACAUCGUCGUAGUCAAGGACAUUCACAACGAUGAGCAGGAUGUUUUCACGAAACUCGAAACCCCCGUUGUAUCUCUCGGACUCCCCGCCGAGACCGACGUGACGGCCACGUGCUUCGCCUGGGUCAACACGAACCGCAUCGUUCUCGGCCACUCGGACGGCUCCCUUACCCUCUGGUCCGUCUCGCCGCGCAUCCUCCUCGCCCGCCACGACGUCCACUCGACGCGCGUCAUGCACAUUGACACGGCGUACCCCUCCGACCCGUAUCUCGUCGCGUCGACGCCUGUCGCCGGCUACACGACGCUGGUCGACCUCUCGGACCCCUCGUGCGAGCGCACCAGCUUCCCCUGCUUCGCCAUCACGCCGCAGCCGAACCUGCUGCAGUGGCAGGACCACCUGCGGGGCUUCUUCACCGUCGUGCCGUCGGCGAACCCGCUCAACGCGUCCGUCGGCUUCGUGCACUCGCGGUGGUACGCGGCCCAGGUGCGCAAGGCCAUGGACGGCGACCGCCUGCCGACGUGCCUCGCCGCCGGGCUGCACCACCCCUUCGUGCUGGUCGGGUACAUGGACGGCACCGUCUGGGCGGCGAACCCGUCCAACCGCAUCUUUGCGUCAAAGCACCACUUUGGCCACAAGAUGAAGGUCGUCGACCACCAGUACAUCCCCCGCGCGCGACUCGCCGGCCCGGUGCUGGAGCGGGUCGGCGACGGAGGCGACGCAGGCGGUCGCUGCCGCGGCGCAUCGAGGAUCCUACAGGGCUUCCGACCGGUUCCCAACGUCAACCCCAAGGUGGACACGUGGAAGACCAAGGGCGCCAUCGGCAAGAAGAAGGAGAACAAGAAGGGGAAGGGAAAGAAGACCAAAACCAAGGCCAAAGGCAAGGCCGGGGCGGAAGACGACGAUGACGACGACGCGGACGUGCAAGGCGGCGCGGAGGAGGGGGACGGGCACUUUGCGGACCCCAAGCGGGCGGUGCUCUCGGAGCCGCUGACGCGGAUCACGACCAUGGCGUGGAACCCGAACGGGGAGUACUCGUGCUGGGCGGCGGUGGCGAUGGCGUCGGGAUUGGUCAGGGUGAUGGAUCUCGGGUUGGAAUGCUAG